AUGGCGGAGAGAACCCACCUCACGGAGGGCAGCCCCAAGUCCAACGGGACUGGGCAGACACUGGGUUCUCCCAUCCUCUGCACGGAAACGACUUUCACUGCAGUGGUGGAAGGAGAGGAACGGGGCUCCUUCUACUACUCCUUUAAGACUGAGCAGUUGAUAACUCUGUGGGUCCUCUUUGUUUUCACCAUUGUUGGAAAUGCCAUUGUACUGAUCCCUACACUAAGAAGGAAGAGGAAGUCGAGAAUGACCUUCUUUGUGACUCAGCUGGCCAUCACAGACUCUUUCACAGGACUGGUUAACAUCUUGACAGAUAUCAUUUGGGGAUUCACUGGAGACUUCAUGGCACCUGAUCUGGUUUGCCGAGUAGUCCGCUAUUUGCAGGUUGUGCUGCUCUAUGCCCCUACCUAUGUCCUGGUGUCCCUCAGCAUAGACAGGUGCCACGCCAUCGUCUACCCCAUGAAGCUCCUGCAAGGAGAAAAGCAGGCCAAGGUCCUCAGCAUGAUUGCCUGGAGCCUCUCUUUCCUGUUCUCCAUUCCCACCCUUAUCAUAUUUGGGAAAAGGAAACUCUCCAAUGGUGAAGUGCAGUGCUGGGCCCUGUGGCCCGACGACUCCUACCGGACCCCAUACAUGACCAUCGUGGCCUUCCUGGUGUUCAUCCCCCUGACGAUCAUCAGUGUCAUCUAUGCCAUUGUGAUCAGAACGAUUUGGGUCAAAAGCAAAGCCCAUGAGACAGUGAUUUCCAGCUGCUCAGAUGGAAAGCGGUGCACCAUUUCCAACUGAGGGCUCAUCUCAAAGGCAAAAAUCAACGCCAUCAAGUAUAGCAUUGUCAUCAUUCUUGCCUUCAUCUGCUGUUGCAGUCCGAACCUCCUCUUCGAUAUCUUGGACAAUUUCAGCCUCCUUCCAAACACUAAGGAGCGUUUCUAUGGCUCUGUGAUCAUUCAGAACCUGCCGGCCUUGAAUAACGCCAUCAACCCCCUCAUCUACUGUGUUUUCAGCAGCUCCAUCUUCAUUCCUGCCUGGGUCAGACAUGGGAAUGCCCACUGCAGGGCUAAUAGCAGUGCCUACCUCUUAGCCAGUGAUGUCUCUGUCCAUUGGGCUCUGGUCCUGACCAGUAGGAAGGAGGGCUGUGAAUGGUGGGGAAGGAAGGGAGCAAAGAUCACGGGAUUCCAGAAUGACAUGUCAGGAGAGAACUGA